UUUCAGGAAUUGACAGAAGAACAGACUGGAGAGUUCAGGGAGGCCUUUAACUUGUUUGACAAAGAUGGGGACGGCACAAUCGACACCAAAGAGCUGGGAAAUGCAAUGAAGGCCAUGGGCCAGAGCCCUACAGAGGAAGAGCUUAGGGACAUGAUUGCCGAGGUGGACGCUGAUGGAAGCGGCAGUAUUGACUUCAAUGAGUUCUGUGCAAUGAUGGUGAAAAAGAUGAACGAGGGGACUGACCCGGAGGAAGAGAUGCGGGAGGCGUUCAAGGUCUUCGAUACCGAUGGAAGUGGUACUAUCACAGUGGACGAGCUGAAGCAGGUUAUGCAAAACCUGGGCGAAAAACUCACGAAGGAAGAACUUGACGAAAUGAUCAGAGAGGCCGACAAAGACGGGGAUGGAGAGAUUGACUAUGCUGAAUUUGUCAGUAUGAUGACUGCCAAGUGA